AUGUUAUUAAAAGAUGUGCAAAAUGCUCUGCAUGCCGGGCUCUUUGGGAAGAAGUCUUGGUCAUCUUGCACAUUUCUUGAUGAUUACGACCCUCAUGAUUAUGAGAUUUCGAUGAUCUCAAAUCUAGGAACCCUUCUAAAGGCUGGUUUAAGGGUCCUAGCUUACAGUGGGGAUUUGUACUUUGACCUUCCAUUUACCGGGACACAGUCCAUGGUAAAAAAAUUAGCCGAAGAUAGUGGGUUGAACUUAACCCUGCCCCAUAGAUCUUGGGGGAAACCAUAUCAGACUGAUGGAUGGAUAGAAGGAUAUGGGGAUGGCAUGCUAUCUUUUGCCUUGAUCAAAGGAUCGGGUCAUGCUGCAAAUUUUCAACCUAAGAGGAGUCUUGUACUCCUCGAAGCCUUCCUUGAAGGAAAGCUACUCCUCAAAGCCUUCCUUGAAGGAAAGCAGGCUCCACCAAAACUCAUAUAUUUUUGAACAGUGGUUAUUAUGGUUACAACUAGUGUAUAUGUCACACGGGUUAAAUUUCCCUGUAGAAUAAAUGUAUCUUUGGAUUAACAUUUGUAGAUAUGCACUCGUACUUGAAUAAAUUUAAUUUUGCAGACUUCUUAAGCUUGCUUAAAA